AUGAGCUCCAGAGAAGAAGAAGCUGAAGAACACUCUUACUUAGAACACCUAGAUGAUCAACUCGAUGAUACUGUAUCUGACAGUGAAGAAGCCCAAGCCUGCUGUACCCAAGCACCAAAGAGAGAACGAAGGGCGCAUCAGAUUUCGGAGAGCAAGACCGUCCGGGUCAAUGAACCGAGCGUCAUUUCCAGGGUCACCAACAAUGUAUUCGCUUUUCGAGAUGAUUCAAGGGAAGACCAGCGGCUCUGUAAGGUCCACUACGGCGAACUAGACGAGGACUUCCGGGAGGAGCUAUCCAUCAUCAACCGCCUUAAACACCCCUGCUUGACCCCGAUCGAGGAGCUUCGCCAUAAACCGGAAGUCGGCUCUGUAAUCAUCUACAAAAAGAGCUCUGGCAAUCUUCGAGAUUUCAUCGAGCAGAACGGACCGAUGAGCGAAAAAGUCGCUUCGAAAAUGUUUCGCAAAAUCGUGGAUACAGUCGACUACUGCCAUCAGAAGAAUGUCGGGCUUGGGAACAACAUCAGACUAUAUCAUAUAGUUUACGAUGAUGGACACAGCUCUCAAAUCCGUUUUGACAUGCUUGACUCCCCGAUCGACACGAGCGAUUCUCCGGUCACCUCUCUUCGAAAUUACUCGGUCUUCUACUGUGCUCCCGAGCUCAUCUUCGACAUCGAAAACGACUUCGACAUCGUCAAAGCAGACCUCUGGUCGCUGGGAAUUCUCCUCUUCAAGAUGCUCACCGACAGCUACCCCUUCCACGACACAGACCUGAAAAAGCAAUUCACGCGCAUCUGCCACCAGCGACUCCCUCUACCCGGCCAUUUGUCGACCUCUGCGCUUUCCGUUCUCGCGAGUCUGCUACACAAGAAUCCCGAGAAGAGAGCGACUCUCGAAGACCUCAAAAACCAUCCCUGGCUCAAUUCGAAUUCGGAAAUUGAUGAGCCCAAAUCAGUGCUAUUUUAG